AACUCAAUUAGCCCUCUCAAGGAGGAUGCCUAUUUUGCAUAGUAUGAAAGUAUGGUUUCUGAACUGUUCUGGGUUUUUAAGGAAAAGUAGCCUACGUCUACAAUGGCCCACACUUCAUAGUUAAAUAGAAGCCAUGAUAUUCUAAAAGGAGAUUUUUAGAAUUAAAAAUAAAUCACCACAUAAAUCAGUUUAUUGUAACACAAACUACUCUUUAUUACUUAAGACUACUUUAUGACUCGCGCGUCAUUAUGUUUGCGCUUAUGACGUCGUUGUUUGUUGUGGUUCUGUUUACGCGACAUUUGAAAAGAAAAUGCGCUCGCGCGGCUGUUCCAUGACGGUUAAGUGCAACAGAAAGCACAAGUGACGCCUGAGAUAACAGACGUUCAUUUACCACAACAAUGGACCGACACCCCAAACGAAGAGCUCAAAUAUCACUUAAACACGAAGAAAGCAAAACCGACGAACCUGUACACGAAAUUCUCGUGAAAGAAGAAGAUAGUCAUAAUGUGAGCCAGUCCGCUCGCCCCGUCAGCUCCCACGACAACAGGACCAGAAAGAACCUAGAGUGUGGAAAAAGUGUGAAAACAGAAGAUGGUGGAAAUGCUCUCUCAGCCCAAGAGAGCGAAUUUCAAACAGAAGACGGUGGAAAUGCUCUCUCAGCCCAAGAGAGGGAAUUUCAAACAGAAGACGGUGGAAAUACUCUCUCAGCCCAAAUGAGCGAAUUUCAAACAGAAGACGGUGGAAAUGCUCUCUCAGCCCAAGAGAGGGAAUUUCAAACAGAAGAAGACGAAACCGCCCCGGUUAAUGAGCCAGAGAAUAGCGUUAUCACACCUGCUUCUUCUCCAGCUGCGGUGAGGGUCUGUAAAGAAGAGAGUGUCUCCUGUACUAACGCCAGUCUUGUGACAGAUCUUCCUCCAUGUUCUGGCGCUUCUGCUCUCCACACAGCGGACACUCUGAGUCCUGAAGUGAAGCCGCAAUUCACCAUCAGUAACGUCACGUCCUCCCAGCCAAUCAGCGCUGCUCCUGAGGGCGCGAGCCUCACUCAGCUUCCCUCAGACACAGAUGAUUUUAACACAGCAAAAUGCAAAGAUAAAAAAGGCUACAUCAAGAGACCCAUGAAUGCCUUCCUGGUUUGGGCGAGGAUACACCGGCCUAUCUUGUCCAGGGCCAGCCCAAAUGCCAGCAACGCAGAGAUCAGCAUGCAGCUUGGGAUUGAGUGGAACAAACUGAGUGAAGAACAGAAGAUGCCCUACUACGCAGAGUCACGGAGGCUUAAAUGGAAACACAGACAGAAAUUUCCCGAUUGGGUUUAUAAGCCAUAUCCAGGGAAGAGAAAGAGAUUCGGCCUAGAAGUGGCACCUCUAGACACUACCUCUAACGCUUCACCAAACAUAGCCCUGGCACUUCCUCAGAGAUCUGCGCCUCAUGACAUCCCUGUAGCAUCACGCAGAAACUCCAGCUCGCAGGACUCAGCCAUGCAGACCAAUCUAAUGUUCUCUGGCAGUUUGCAGAGUAGAGCCUCACAGAGGAGACCUGUUCUAGAGCCAAACCACCAUAUAGUCAUGGACAUGCCAAGAGAAGUACCAGUCCGUGGCCUGGUGUCUGGAUCUAGUGGCCAGUUCCCUGGCCUUGCCCACUUAUACUCACAAGUACCACUGUCUCCUAGAGGCACCCUCUUUGCCCCACCUCCUUUCCCUUUUGUUCCACCAUUCUACAUGUCUGGGCUGCCGUUCUACCAGACCAGCUUGCUUUAUUCUGACUACACAAGCAGUAUGGCUCAUCUCAUGGACCUGUACGAUGACUCUUUCCAGAACUACGACGCCUUCUCUGCCUUAAACCAGGACUAUGCCUUCUGUAAAGAGGCUGGGGCACAAGCUCACAGCAAAGACACCCACAACAGCACAGAGGUCCUGAAUUCUGUACCGGCCCUGGACAAACAUGCCUUGGAGAAUGUGUUCAACAGCCUUGCUCAGAAGGGCAAGGUCUCAGAAGUGGAAGAGGGUGGUGAAGUUAGAAUGCUUAGAGUGCUUUAGUGGACAUGCGGUCAUGCACUUCUUCAGUUCAGUUCAUAUUUAUUUCUAAUAAAACAAGUUUUAAUGCUCAUUGAAAUAAAGAUUUUGGAAACCAACAAGGGCUUAAUGUGUGAUUGUCGAAUUCGCAAUGACGGAGAACAUUUAUUCAUUUCAUUUUCUACCCUGAAAUCCCCUUUAUUAAACACAGUGAGGUAGUAUGACGCUGUUCACACACACGGAG